CAGGCGGCCUUUUGGCGCCGAAUGCGAAGGGGUCGCGCGGUGAGGAGCGGGCGGGGAGCGCAGCCCCGCGGCGCAGAGCGCCCCCCAGCGGCGGGGCGGGGCAGGGCAGUGCGGUGCCGCCAUGGCGGCUGUGCCACAGAACAACCUUCGGGAGCAGCUGCGGCUCCACUCGGCCCGCGGCGCCCUCAGCAAACCGCCCCCGCCGCGGCUACGGCCGCCGGGCUUUACUUUCAAGAAGACGUCUCCGGCCGGCGCCCAGCCCCGGGGCCUCUGCGCCGCCGCCGCGCUGCGGGACAAAGACGUCAACACCUCCCUGCCCGCGGCCGGCUCUGCCCCCCCCGCCUCCGGGGACAGGAAAACCCACAUCCAGGACUUCUUCCCUGCGGCAGCCAGCCCGCGGGGACGGGGCCUCUGGCCGGGCUGUGCGAGCGCGGCGCCCGCCAGGCCCCGGGAGGUGGCAAGAGGCCCCGGGGCCUCCGGGACGGGCAGCGCGACCGAGGGGCCGCCCGGUGCUCCCGCCCGGCAGGCUGGGCCGGUGGGUGCCGUGGGAGACGAGUGGGAUGACAUUGACGACUUUGACUUGUCGGGAAUCGAGAAGAAGUACUGCAGGGCGGCCGUCCUGUCCCCCAAAGGGCAGCGGGCCCCCCGCAAGGCUUCCCACAGGUCACCGCCCCGCCGGGACCGGCCGCCUGCCUCUCCCGGGACCCGGGGCGAUGGCUCGGGGCCUCACGGCCACGGCGCUUCGGGGCGCGGGGAGACCUCUCCAGAGGCUGAACAACGACCCUUGUCGCAGCAAUCUCUGAUCUGCCUUGAGGAUUUGGCUCCCUGCAGCCGUAACAAGGCUGAGGGCCUUUGGGAGGACUUGUCUGCUGACAUCGUUUUGGACGAUGAUGGGGAAGAGGCUCACCCAGCUGCUAAUGACAACAGUGGUGAGAGCCAGCGGCCCAGCAGCGGUGAGAGAAACAGUCCCCUGGAGCUGGAUAAGGUGGACAUCGAGCUGUUCGCAAGCACUGAGCUUGAAGAAGACGAUUACUUAGAUAUCAUUCCACCCUCCCCUGAAGAGGAGCUGCCUCCCUUCUCACCUUCUGUAAAAAGCGUUAGUAAAAUCUUUAAAGAAUCUCCUACCGGGGGAGGAUCCACAGCCAGCAGCGUUAAGUCUGUGCCUGGGAAGGUUGCCCCAGCGCAGCCUGUUGCUGAAAGCGAUCCUAGUGCGGAGGAUGCAGCAGAGUUCCGGGGAUCGCAGCCCCGGGAGCAGCAGUUUGAGGUUCAGUGGGGAGCGUUGGCAAAAUCCGGAUGGUUUGCUGUGGUGCCGGGUUUGGAAGGGAAGGUCACAGAUAAAGGCUUGCAUUUGGAACAGCAGCUCUACGGCGUCAUGGAUGAUAUCUGUAAGCUGGUAGAUGCCAUUCCGCUUCAUGAGCUUAAGUCUCUGUCAUGUGCAAAAGACCUUCUCCAGCAGAGAGAUCUCAGGAGAAAAUUGCUGGCCAAUUCUGUCACAUUGAACAAAAAUAGUAUAAACAACACUUUUCCUAGAAGCUGGAAGGCAUGUCUGGGACGGGGCCCUCUGGCAUGUCCUGGUACCACUCCAUGUUCUGGCCUGAACUGGAGCUUCAGUUCUGGCAGAAACUCGCUAAAAUCCACCCCCCUCCCAUCUACGCUUGCUGGGACUGUUAACUCAAGCAACUUUUCUACCAAACCCUCCCAAACGUUUGAUGCCUUGGAUACCUCUUAUGCCUCAAAGCAAGGUAUUGAGGAGAUCACCUGCCCAGAAACUACAGCACCAUCUUCUUCCAAGGUAAACGGCAAAGACGGAGCUUCCCUCGGCCUCUGUUCUGGGAUGUCCUUCAACAGCAGUGGGUGUGAAAAACCGGGGGUGAGCAACGGUGGAAACCGUCGUCUGCUGGAGGGGCCUCUUGCGAGCACAGCUCUGAAAGGUCAGAGCAGAGCUCCUGCCAGCAUUCCUGCAGAGAGUGGUUCAGGUAUAAAUGACACUGACUUUGACCUUGAUCAUUUUGAUAUUGAUGAUUUUGAUGAGGGCUGGGAGAAUUCUGCGCAUGUUUCGGCACCCGAGACGCUGUCUGUGCCGCUGUAUCAGCCCAUCAGGGAAGGGCCACCUGCCAAAUCGCUGUCGUCAAAGAUAAUGUCUAGAGCCAAAGGAGCUGCUGUUGUAUCAAAUCCUGCUGCUCCAAAACCAAGCUUCCUGAUGGCAACAAAGGACCGUUCAGAUCCGCUGGUUAAUAACCCUGCGCUGGAACGGUUCAGGGGUAUGAAAUUUUCCCAUUCUGAAGAAAUGGUGAAUAUAUUUCACAGAAAGUUUGGUUUACACUAUUUUCGGACAAACCAGCUGGAGGCCAUCAACGCUGCUCUUCUGGGUGAAGACUGUUUCAUCUUAAUGCCCACUGGCGGUGGAAAAAGCUUGUGCUACCAGCUACCAGCGUGUGUCUCUGCCGGAGUCACUAUUGUUAUCUCUCCACUGAGGUCGCUGAUAAUAGAUCAAGUUCAGAAACUGAAGACUUUAGAUAUUGCUGCAACAUAUCUGACUGGUGAUAGAACAGAGGCUGAUGCUUCAAAAAUAUAUAUGCAAUUGUCAAAAAAAGAUCCUGUAAUAAAGCUUCUGUAUGUUACCCCUGAGAAGGUUUGUGCAAGCAGCCGACUGAUGUCAGCCCUGGAAAAUCUCUACGACAGGAAACUCCUAGCGCGUUUUGUCAUUGAUGAGGCCCACUGUGUCAGCCAGUGGGGUCACGAUUUUCGACAAGACUACAAACGCCUGAAUAUGCUCCGCAAGAAGUUUCGCUCUGUUCCAAUGAUGGCUCUUACUGCCACUGCAAACCCUAGAGUCCAGAAGGAUAUCCAGAAUCAGCUUGAGAUGCUAAAACCACAAGUGUUUACAAUGAGCUUCAACAGGCAUAACUUGAAAUAUGAUGUAUUGCCCAAGAAGCCGAAGAAGGUGGCAAUGGAUUGCUUGGAAUGGAUUAAAAAAUACCAUCCACAUGACUCUGGAAUAAUUUAUUGCCUUUCACGUCACGAAUGUGACACAACAGCGGCGAUUCUGCAGAAGGAAGGUCUUGCUGCGCUUGCCUACCAUGCUGGGCUCACUGACUCCAACAGAGAUCUUGUACAGAAGAAGUGGAUUAAUCAAGAAGGGUGCCAGGUUAUAUGUGCAACGAUUGCCUUUGGAAUGGGAAUUGAUAAACCUGACGUACGCUACGUUAUCCAUGCUUCUCUUCCUAAAUCUAUAGAAGGUUACUAUCAAGAAUCUGGCAGAGCUGGACGAGAUGGUGAAAUGUCUCACUGUCUGCUCUUCUACAGCUACAGCGACGUAACCAGACUGAGGAGGCUAAUACUGAUGGAGAAAGACGGAAACAGUCACACAAGACAGACCCACUUUAACAACCUGUACAGUAUGGUUCAUUACUGCGAGAAUGUAGUCGAUUGCCGGAGAAUUCAGCUUUUGGCCUACUUUGGGGAAACUAAUUUUAAUCCCACCUUCUGUAAAGAUCACCCAGAAGUAAUCUGUGAUAACUGCAGUAGAAACAAGGAUUACAAAUCAAGAAAUGUAACAGAUGAAGUGAAGAGCAUUAUAAGAUUUGUACAAGAGCAUUGUGGACAAAUGGGACGAAUAAAUGGAAAGAGAAAUGCAGGUUCUGGAAGAUACACGUUGAAUAUGAUGGUAGACAUUUUCUUAGGUACAAAGAGUGCAAAGAUUCAGUCUGGAAUAUUUGGGAAGGGAGCUGCCUACUCAAGGCACAACGUUGAAAGACUGUUUAGAAAACUGGUCUUGGACAAGAUUCUGGAUGAAGACUUGUACAUCACAGCUAAUGACCAAGCGGUAGCGUAUGUAAUUCUAGGAGAGAAGGCUCAGGCUGUGCUAGAUGGAUUACUGCAGGUGGAGUUUCAUGAAACAGAAAAUGCCAGUGCCAUCAGAAAGCAAAGGGCGUCCGUGGGAAAAAUGUCACAGCGGGAAGAGAUGGUUAAAAAGUGCCUUGGGGAACUUACAGACACAUGCAAAAUGCUUGGGAAAGUCUUUGAUGUGCACUACUUCAAUAUUUUCAGUACUUCAACUCUAAAGAAAAUAGCAGAAACCUUGUCAUCUGAUGUGGAGGUUUUACUGCAGAUCGAUGGUGUCACAGAAGACAAACUGGAAAAAUAUGGUGCAGAAAUAAUUAAAGUGAUGGAUCAGUACUCUGAAUGGACCACACCAGAAGAUGCUGCCUGCCAAAGCGUGGACACAGCUACGGGAAGCACUGGCACACCUGAGAGUGAUGAAGAAGCAGAAGAUGUAGUUACAACCUCCAGCUAUUUUUGCAAUAACGCAGACCAAAGAAGGAAAAGGAAAAGGCCGCCCAACUUCAGAGAAUCCAAGAGGAAAAAGACAAGUAGCGGUGGUGGCCAGCAGUUUCAUCCCAAAGGUGGUUACAGCAAGUACAGAAGGACCAAAAGGCCGUGGAAUGCAAAGGCUCCAGCUUCAUCUGCCUGCGGCUCAGCACCGUGCCGUGGCAGUGCCGCGCAAGGGGCUGCUGCAAAGCUGGGGAUUAUGGCACCGCCGAAGCCCAGAAACAGGCACUUCCUUCAGCCUUCCUAUUCCCUAGUGUAACCAGGAAAAUGUAAAUACUGUAUGAUAGCGAGCCGUGAAGACGUGAUCGUUGUUUCAUUUGCUAAACCUUCUGAGACUUGUACAUUUGUCAAGUACGAAAACCUCACA